CUUUUUUGAAGCAAAAUGGCGGCCGCAGUGUUCGGUAAAACUGGUGCCACUUCAGGCUUUAGUUUCGGUGGUGUUGCAGCUACUCCACAGAGAAGUACUGCCACAAGUACUAGCGGUCUCUUUGGUGGUACUCUAGGAGCGUCAACUCCAGUGGGUUCCAUCAGUUUUGGUACAACUACGACCGCUUCUGGCGGGCUGUCUUUAGGUGGUUUAUCAGCCGCAAAGCCAACGACGUUCUCGGGGUUUGGACAGCCUGCAGCCUCUACAGCUGCUUCGACUGGUGGUUUUGGCUUUGGACAGUCUUCUGCAAUAUCUGCUGCUCCUACUUCUAAUGUUUUAUCAUUAAGUGGGUUACAAACUGUUAACCCGGGGACUAGUUUGUUUAGCUCAUCUCAACCCAAGACAACUGGCGGCUUUUCUUUACUUGGGACAACGACGAGUACCAGUGCACCGAGUAAAGGUCUAGGUGCUUUUGGAUCUACUAAUACCACUAGUACUACAGGAGGGCUAUUUGGUAACCUUGCUUCAGCAAAUGCUCCAAAGUCUACUGCUGGGCUGGUAUCGACUGGUGUUACUGGACUUGGGGGAACUGGAACAAGCUCUACUGUGUCACUGUCUGGAACUGCAACUGGAAUAGCUGGAAAACAGAGUGAAAUACAGAAUCUUAAAGAUAAUCAAGUCCCUGAACCACUUGUCAAGAUAGUUGAGGAAAUCAAAAAAUAUGUUAAACAACAAAAAGAACACAGGGAUGAGAUAUCUAGAUUUUCUGCAAGUAGUAUUCAAAAAGUGCAGGAAGAAACCAUGUCCUUAAGACAGUCACUGGCUGUAGUAUCUAAUAGCAUACAGAGGGAUGCAUGUGCYGUAGAAAACCUUAAAAUGGAUGUUGCUCAGGAGCUGAAGAAUGCAGAGAUAGCUCAACACACAAGUGAAAUUCCUCCAGCAUUACAGCAUGAAAACACAGCACCACAGGAAUACUUUCAGAGGCUUGUAGAAAGCUUUGAAGAACGUAUGCAGGUCUAUAGAAAACAAAUUGAGAUCAUGGAAAGUCACUUGGCAACCCUUUCACAAGGGCAAACACUCACUCCUCAAGAUUUGUCUAAUGUUAUGCAUAAAGUACAUGAAACAUUCAUUGCUCUAGCAGCUCAGCUACACAGCAUCCAUGAAGCUGUCAAGCUUCAAAAAGAGCAUUAUCUUAACUAUCGCAAAGCAUACUUUAAAGACUCUACUGAUGUCUUCACAAGAAGAAGAAUCAAUGCAAGACCAAAUGUUUCUGUACCUAUUGGGCCAUCUCCAUUCAACAGUAUUUCAAACAGUACCUCAAGGAACACAUCAAAUUCUAGUGUGAAUCUACCUACAACAAGUAAGUUUGGAACCACUGGAGGAACCACCAUUGGGUCAAGUUUUGGCUCUUCUUUUGGAACAGGUUUAAGUUCUGGUACAUCAUCAUUUGGAACAGGAGGAAGUCUUGGCAGUACCUCUACAGGGUUAGGCUCAAGUCUUGGAUUCAAAGGCUUUGGGACACACGCAGUUGGCACAUCAACAGGAUUUGGCGCAGGGACACAAGUUUCUAAACCAAACACAGGUUUUGGCUUUGGAACACCAACAAAUACCAGUCUUGGGUCAUCGUUUGGUACUCCUGCAACAUCUGCUAGUGCAUUUGGUACUAAAUUUGAGCUGCAGAAGCCACCUACUGGAAAUAAGAGAGGAAAAAAGAGAUUUUAAUGCAAUAUAUAGUUUAGUGAAGUGAAAAAUUUUUCUUGUAAGUAAAAUAAAGAUACCCUUGUUACAUACUCUGCUGCUCUCUAUGGGAUUAGACUGCAUUCAUCAUGUAUGCCAGAGAAAAAUUUAAUGGGUAGAUCUCUUUUCUUCUUCUUCUUCUUCUUYUUUUUUUGCCUCAUUUUUUUCAGAAACUGAGGGGAGGGAGCCCAAAACUUUAGAUAUAAUAAAACAAUAUCACCUGUCUCCCCCUCCCCUGGCAUACAUAGUGAAUGCAGCCUUAGAUUCUGUGUCCCUAUGUCUCAUAAAUUUGUUCACUGGAGACACUACUUGCUGGAUGAUAUAGUAACCCUCUGACACUAAAUAAUAAUAGUCUCAUUGUAUGUAUAUAUGACAACCUAGAAUGAUGGGAAGUUCAAAGUAAUCUCAAUGCUGCAUUCCACAGCUUUAUUUUACUCAAGUGAAUCGGCUAGAAUUUAAAUCAUACAGGAUUAAAUUAAAAGACAAGGCUGGUUAUCAAGGACAUUAUGCAUUAUACUUUAUAUAUACAUGAAACAAAUAAACAUGUGAA